GGGAGAGAAGCCAUUGUUUCCGCCAUUUUAAUUUAAAGGUGUUUUCAUAGUUGCAAAGAUGUCAAGCAAACCUACACUAUUGGAUCAAGAACAACAACAAGCGCAAAGCAUGGUUCGAAUGAAGAGCUGUGGACUAAGUCAUGGAAGCCCCGUGAUCGACUGUGAUGAUGAACUAUCUCGAUCCGCCUUGUUUGCUUUUCGAGCUAAAGAAGAAGAGAUCACACAGAAGAAAAUGGCGGUGAAGCAAAAGGUUGAGGCUCAGUUAGGCCGUGUCGAACAAGAAACCAAAAAGUUGGUCGAAAUUCGCAAUGGUCUUGAAGCACUGGAGGAUCCAAGUUGGAAGGAAGCGGCAAUUGUAAGAAAGAAGGUUGACUCGGUCAAUAAAGAACUAAAGUCGUUGGGACAAAAUUGUCAUAAAAAGGAAAAGGAAUAUAGAGAAGCUGUGGAGGCCUUCAAUGACAAAAACAAGGAGAAAGGUCAACUAGUUACCAGAUUAAUGGAGUUGGUUACUGAAAGCGAAAGGAUGAGGACCAAGAAACUUGAAGACAUCAGCAAACAAAUUGAAUCCUUUGUCAAAAUUUAAUUUAAAUUGAAUUCUUUCUUUCU